AAAUUGGAUCCAAGCAGUGUGAUUCCAGCGUAAAUGGUACAACAUGUCUUCAAAUUCAAGGAAGUUUGCUAACUCAUUGUGAAGUUGGUAUCGAAGAGAAUGGACAGUGCACCAGAGUACUUGGGCAUGACUGCGAGCUGAACAGCGAGGCGUGCAAACUGGUUCAAAAUGCCGAAUGCAAUAGUUCAUAUCAGUGCAGCUGCAGAAAUGGAUUUAGCGAAAAUUAUACUUCAGAUAGUUGCUCUCCUGUUCUCGGGAUGAAUUGCAUCGAAGAAUAAGAUUGCCUGGUCCAUCUUGAAGACUCAACAUGCGCGGAUAAUUCAAGGUGCUCCUGCAAACAGGGAUUUGUGGAAGUGGGCGCAGAGUGUAUUUCACAAGAACUAGUUGACAGAGGAUGUUAUGCUAGCGUGCACCAACUAACGGAUUUGAACAGGCGAUCACCAAAUUAUAGUCUGGGUUCGAUGGAAACACCGAUACGGGAUGAUCUACUGCCAGAGGGUUGGUACAUGCUAGGAGCAUAUAUAAUUAGCUCUUCGGCUCAUCUUCCUGCCGGACUGUCUGGAAUCUGUGGAACAAAGUACCCAAUCUCUCUCAAAGAAUCGCUUACCGUAGACGACUUAGUAGUUCUUGAUUCUGGCGAAGAAUUGCAAACACAAGCGGUAGUCGCCGAUCUGGUAGCAGAGUAUAUCGUUCAAGAAAUAGAUGUUAAACUGCGGCGUUGUAGCAAGAAUUAUCAACUUCACUUUCCAUCACUCGCUUUUGCUUUUUCGGCAUUUUGUUUAGGUACUGGCUUUAACUCCUCUGUUGAAUCUGGAGACAGAUGGGCUGAAGUCGUCCCAGAGUUGUUCUACACCCGAGAGUAUGACUCUGAAACACAGGAGGAGAUGUCAAUUCCACAUCUGUAUUUUAAAUGCUAUGCUUUCGAUCAUUAUUACAACUCCUACCGAAAUGAUCUAUAUUGUUAUGGCUGCGAUCGAUACUACUAUUCUGAAAAUGACGCCUUGUACUACUCGAUAAAUUGGUAUGUUAAUGGAAAACAUUGCAAGUCCUUUGGUCCCUAUCGAAGGUACAUGCUGGAAUAUACAGACUUGAACGAGACAACAUUACAGACUGAGUGUGGACAAUCAACUGUUGGAUUUAAUAUCCAAUGUUCUUAUUCGUGGCUAGAAACACCCUUUGGACAAAACUCUGCUCCGAUCUUCAGUGAGAUCGAACAAACAGGAUUUCAUUCGUGGGCAAUCAACACUGUAUCAGAAGGAACGCACAUGAUGAUGAACACUUACUGGACACCAUUAGGAUGUAGAACGCCAUCAUCAACCACAGAUACCACGUGUUUGGUCGAAUGGGAGCUUGCAGACAGUAGCGUUUGUCCUUUCCCUGCACAAGAAGAUGAGCAUACUUUGUGUGGGGUUGCGGUUUAUGGCCUUACCGAAUUUGGACUUAACCAGUACGGUUCAUGGCAAAAUGCAGUCAACGAACAUAUUCUGGCAAACUGGGACUGGACAGGAGUUUCAUCGAAUGUUGAAACAUCUGGUUUAAAGUUGUUGCUAGACUAUACUGGUUAUGAAAAUAGCAAUAUUUAUAAGAUUCACUUUCAACCAAUUCAGACACAUCAUAGCAUUUGGGACAGAUAUGCUAUUCCGGAUGUGUUGGUUGAAGCGUACAAUGGAGAUUUGCAAAUUCUGGAAAUGAUUCAUCUAUUUGUUGAUGAAAACGAGGGAGCGACAACACUUUCAAAAACUUCAUCAUCGGGGAGGAGGAUAGUCCUUCCUAUCUCCGACACCGGGGAGUUUUUGUUUCUGAAGAGCAAUAACUAUCUUGUGGAGGUACAUAUUAAAUUGGAAAGCAGUAAUCAGAACAGCGAGGUCAGACUUUGUGCUGUGACUGUGAGAAACGGCAAUGAAAUUUUCACUGUUGAUUUAUGCGAAUCCGUGUAUCGAAAAGGAUUUUUAUACGUCGACCGAUUGGAAAAUGGCAUAUUGAAAACAGCGUAUUCUUUUAAUGAAACAAAUCUUUACACGAAUCGAUAUAGGUGGUGGAAUAUGGAGCCUCAAACGCUACAUGACAGUGAUGCAAUUUGGCUUUUGAACGGAGUGAGUUUGACCAUUAGGCGAAAUGGCAAGACUUUAGAGGCCAUAUUCAAGGAUUCCCCUGGCCGUGAGAGGUUUAUCGAAAUGGAUGGCAUUGGUGCGAUAAUGUAUAAGCAGUACCGGUUUAAUGACGGGACAUAUAGAACAGAAAAUGGCGGCUUUGUUGAAAGCUGGAGAAUUCAGUACACUGAAAGUCUUCUCAAUCCGAAUAACCAUGUUUCCUACGCAAAAACUGAAACCUACUACCAGUGCCGAUGCCCUCUGGUUUCUGAAGUUCCAAAAGAAGAAACUAUAACUGUCGAACACUCAGAUAAUGAAUACUCCAACUACUACGGCCCUGUUGGUCCAGCAGGAUAUUACUAUGAUAAUAUACAGCACACUGAGAAAUUCACUGGUGUUGUUAAAUGUGACCUGUUAACAGAAUGCCAGGAAGACACCCUAGGAUUGGAUUGGCCAAAAUCACAUUUUGCAGUAGAGGUUGUUGAGCAACUUGCUGUUUCUGCGGAUGCUGCUGGUCUCACAUGCACUUUUACAACAUUACCGGAACGGAUGCACAAAGUAGAAUGUUUUAUUGGUGAUUCGUCAGUGUUUGACCAAGAAAUGGACCCUGCAGAACCGUUCCUGGAAUUGGAUGAUAUAUUUACUACGUCUGGGAGUGCCUGUGAUUUAGACAAAGAGAUAACAUGUUCCGUGACAAUCUACAGUUCAGACGGAUCAACUCAGCAGGGUCCAACUUUUUAUAGUCCACCUCUUUUGCUGUCAGAAAGGGAAAAAAUACAGGGACCAUUUGCAGACGUGUGUGUUAUCGAUGGAAAAUGUUACCACGAACUUGACGCAAAUCCCUCUGAUGGAGCGUACCUGUGCUAUCCAUAUCUUGAUUUUCAAACGUGGAUAUUGAAUCUAACUUUAACUAGAGCACCUGGGGAUAUUUGUAUACCUGGAUUUGGACACUGCGAAACGAUACCUGGAGAAGCCUUCUGUGACGUUGAUUCCCACGUCUGUUUAUGUUCUGACACGUUUGAAGAGAUCAAUGCAACAUGUACACAAAUAGGAUGUGUCAAUGACACUGAUAUUUGCAUGGAGAUUUUGUAUAGCCAGUGCAAUGGUGGUGUGUGUGUGUGUGAGCCGUGGACAGACCUCAACAACGUCAAUGGCCAGUGUGAAGCGAAACGCGCGGGAAGUGAAUGUGAACAUACUUCCGAGUGCGACCAUAUUAACGGGGCCAUAUGUGUCGAUAGAAAAUGUUCGUGUUUAGAUCAGUUUAAGGAAAUCGACUUCGGAUGUGUGCCAAAAGUUCCUGGCGACGAGUGUGAACCUGGCGGAGACCACUGUAUGAACAUCGACUCUGCCUUCUGUAACAUUGACACGCACCAAUGUUCUUGUGAUGAUUUACACCAGCUUGGAAACGACAAAUGCGUUUUGAUUCCGUGUUCAUUCACGGACAGUGUUGCCUGUGAAGGAAUUACCAACGGAAUUUGCACGAAUAGCAUGUGUUCUUGUUUAAGUUCAGCAUACAUCGAUCAAGAAACUGGACAAUGCAAAAAUAGAGAGUUAGGUGAUGAUUGCGCAAAGGACGAGCAUUGUAGUGGCAUGACUGGAGGGAAAUGCGGCCAAGUCAACCAAACACUUCACUGUGUUUGUAACGAACAAUACAAAGAAAAUGAAAAUGGUUGUAGUCCAAAAGAGCCAGGAGACAGUUGCGUUCUUAAUGAAAAUCACUGCAGCUUGAUAAGUGGACAGGUGUUUUGUAAAUCAGAAACCGAGGUAUGCACGUGUGCUGAUACAUUUGCUGAUGACAAUGGUCGGUGUGUUUCAAAAGCAUGCAGCUCAUCAGCUGAAUGUUCGCAUAAUGCAGAGUGUAAGAACGAUAUUUGUUCUUGCUUUGUAACAGCGGAUUUAAACUCUCAAACUGGAACAUGUGAGCAAAAAGUACAUGGUAGUCAAUGCAGUUCAGACGAAGAGUGUGCUCAUAUUGAGGGUGCAAAGUGUGAUCAGGCAACGCCUCGUGUGUGCAUAUGCGACGAUCGUUAUGCAACGAUGGAUGGAAACUGUGUACUUAAAGAACAAGGAAAGCUAUACCUCUAUACAACAGAAAUUAUUGUUUCCCAAACACUUGAUGAUGACCAACAUACAGCCUUGUUUAGAUGCGAUUACAGCAUUGAUUAUGGAUUUUAUUAUCAAGUAAAAUGGUUUAUAAAUGACAACAAAAUACAUGCAACAGAUAUUGUUAGUUCCACCAAUGCAUCAGUUUCCUCAAUCCUGGAAGAUAUGGAGCUGCAUUCAUUAAGUCCUGAUGCAUUCCAGUUUGAUUCAAAGAUUAAGUGUUCCGUCACUGCUUUCAAUGACAGUGGUAACAAUGAAUUAAAGACAGUGACAAGUUCUUCUUUAACUUUGUUUGAGGUUUCAACAACAAAAUUGAUUUUUAAUCGUGGACGAACAGUGACUUUUUCCAUCAUUCAAAAUGUGCCAUUCGGAUGCGGCUCAAACAAUCGUGUUCAAUGUUCGCUCCAAUACAUUGUUUACGACCCAGAUGAUUCUUACGACUGCACUGAUGCUACUCUCGCAGUUCUACAUUCUGAUACAUGUGGAGGACGCAUAGAUGGUGUAACAGUUGAUGACAGAAGAACAAACGUGUGGACUAAGCAAGUUGUUAACAUUACGGUAGUUGUAAAGAACAACGAUCAAUACAAACUAAAAAACCGUUUUGCGUUGACCCUUAAAACUCUUCCUAAGGGGAAUGCAAAACCAUUUUGGACAGGGAUGUCGACUGGCAUAGAGGUAGACGUUCAGGAAAACGCUAUUUCGAGAGAACCACAUUGCUAUUCCCAUGUUGACCCGCACCAUGGAACCUUUGAUAACUUUCAUUUUGAGAAUCAGAACACUGGCGAAUUCAUCUUGAUGAAUCACACGAGACUGCCCAUAAUUGUACAAAUGGUGACCGAACCUUGCGGACAAUGGGGUGCAAUUCCAACAUGCGCUUGUGCCGUUACUAUGAAAUCGGGAGGAGAUAUAUUUACCUUAAACCACUGUGGUGGUCAUGUGACGAAAUACUUAUCUAAUUUAGACGGAACAUUGAAGGUGUACAGAGAACGAUCGACAAAUUAUAAGGUUAUUUUCAACACUGGAAUGAUUGUUUCAAUCUAUGUAAUGCCAUGGGGCAAAUACGUCUUAAAUAUUGACAUAUACCCUUCACCCGACGAUUUUGGACAAGUGGAAGGUUUAUGUGGUAAUUUCAACGGCGACCCGAGUGAUGACCUUGUUUACAGAGACACCGGUGAUUUGUGGGUACCAACUGACUCCAGUGACCGGGUCUGGUCUUGGGCUGUAUAUCCAGAUACUUUCUCGUUUUCUUGGGAGCUUAAAGACAGACCUGACGAUAGUCUUCUCAGCGAAAACAAUUAUUUGACCCCUUCACUUUGGAACCCUGAGACUAAGUAUUGCGUUUGUCCUGACGCUGCAAAUGGAAACUAUGACUCCAUAUGUACCCUCCACUCUGACGACUCCUGCAAAACGCCGAUAGUACGAAAGGGUGAAAUUAUUUCUCGUGAGGCUUCUGACGGAAGGCGAAAAAAUAGAAAUAAACGUUCAAAAUCAGCAAACAAUAGAAUAAAUAAAAGAUUGCAAAGAAUGCGGAGGCAGUGGAGAGAAACAUUUGACAAUGUCCAGAGAAUGAAGAGAAGCACAAGUCUUGGUACAAACAUGACGACAGAAGAAGCGGUUCAGUUUUGCACGAGUGCAUUUGUGGACUGCCCAACAGCCAUUUCUACAACGAAACAGAAGCGGGAUUAAACAAAACAAUCCAAGAAUGUGCAGCGGAUGUGUUGUCGACCGGACAGAGCCAAUGGGUUGUUUAUCACUGUGACGCCACUACGCAAAAUUUUGAAAUGACAAUAGAGAAAAACGAAACUUUCGUUAACACUUACCCCGACAUAGUAUUUGCUGUAAGGAACAAUUCCUGC